AUGGCGGACUCUGGACUAACUCCCGAAGAGCUAGGCACACAGCCGAGCGACCCCCCAAACGAAGACGUCGUCCAGCAGCAUACAGACUCGGGGCCCGAAGAACGACCACCUGCCAAAAAGCCUGCGGACAUCAUAACUUCGGCUUUUCGCGGAAUUAAGAGAAUCGCGCCUAAGCCGUCCAAACUCUCCCUGCGCCGGCCGUCAGAGCCAAACUCCCCUGUGGUCGACCAGCCCGCAAGUUCUGCGCCAUUGUUUCCUGAAAAUACACGUCCUUCGGUGCCGCAACAUGCGCGGAGUAUAAGUUUGCAGGAUAGUCUCGCAAAACCAUUACCGCCUGAACCAGCUUCGCCGCAAUCGUUUCCUUUAAGCCCUUCAACGCCCUUGGCGUCUGCACAGCCGUCGAGUUUAGACACCAUCCCUGACGACGACAACGACGACGACGACGACGACUUGGAAGAGGAGGAGGAUAUUUGGUUUGACAUGAUGGACUCAUCGUCGGGAGCAGAUAUGGCGGGUUCGUUCUAUGCCCGAACGCAGGGCAGCCACGGCCAGGACGUGAGUGUGAACGGAAGCCAAAGCAGCCUCGCGAGCUCAUCCCAACACGACGGGCGAGAGAACGACAAUUUGACCCCGAAAAGCACCGGCACACUCUCAGCCGGGCCGUCGCCCAAUAUUGGCCAGUCGCGGCCCCAGACCGGGAAUGCCGCUGUGGGAACUGCGACGCCGUCAGCACAUCUCUCUGGGCUGAUGUGCAAUGUACACAGGACAACGGGGAAGGAGCCGCACCCAUUAGUAGGAGCCACGACGACCAUAUUGGGAGACAAGCUGUAUGUCUUUGGUGGCAGGAUAUUGUCUAGAAGCCGGCCUGCACCCUUGACGGCCGACCUGUACGAGCUGGACCUAAUUCGCCGGCAUUGGACGAAAUUAGAGACUGGAGGCGACAUUCCACCUCCACGGUAUUUCCACUCCAUGUGCGCGCUCGGUGAUACGAAGAUGGUCUGUUAUGGCGGCAUGUCACCCGCUACAAACCAGAAGAACAUCCCACAAGACCAGCAGCCGGAAGUCACAGUCAUGUCGGACAUCUACAUUUACGACGUCCCGACGAAGAAGUGGACCUUUGUCCCGACGCAGGACGCUCCACAGGGCCGCUAUGCGCAUUGCGCAUGUAUCCUCCCGUCCUCGGCCGCCUUCGCGUCGCAUAGAGCACCACUUUCCGCGCUGCAGCAUAACCCCUCUACCGGCAACCCUAACGAGGGCCGGAUUGGAAUCAACAUCGACGGCUCUGGCGGCGCAGAGAUGAUCGUGGUUGGCGGCCAAGACGCGUCUAACCACUACAUUGAGCAGAUCAGCGUGUUCAACCUGAGGAGCUUGAAAUGGGUCUCUACUCAACCCUUGGGCAAGAGCUGCGGCGCGUACCGCAGUGUUGUCGCGCCUCUCCCCCCUUCGGUUACUGCUAAGCUCGGUAAAUCGUUUCCCGGGGGUGGGCGACAGGAUGUAGGGGGCAUUAGCCAGGAGGCGAGGGAACCCGGGUCCAGCAUGCUCAUCUACAGCAACUAUAAUUUCUUAGAUGUCAAGCUGGAGCUGCAAAUUCGGACUCCCGACGGUCACCUCAGCGAGCGGACGAUGAGCGGCACUUACAGCCCGCCUGGGCUGCGGUUUCCCAACGGCGGCAUCAUCGACACCCACUUUGUCGUGAGCGGGACGUACCUCACUUCGUCGAAGCAAGAGUACGCCCUCUGGGCCUUGGACCUGCGGACGUUGACGUGGAGCCGCAUCGAUGCGGGCGGCGCCGUCUUCAGCCAGGGCAGCUGGAACCGCGGUGUGUUGUGGAACAGGCGGAAUGCGUUCGUCGUGCUGGGCAACAGGAAGCGGAGCCUCGUAGAUGACUAUAAUCAUCGCAGGAUCAACUUCAGCAACGUCUGCAUCGUCGAGUUGGAAGCCUUUGGGUUCUACGACAACCCCCGGAAGACCGCGGCUAUGAGCGGUUUCGUGAGCGCCAGCAGCCCUUACACAGGACCCGGGCUCAGCCUAGCUCGUAAGGCGGGCUCGACUGCUGGUGGCCGGUUCCACAGCCGGGCGGCCGAAGAGCUGGGCGAGAAGGCCCUCGCGCUGCGGGAGCUGGCGGACAUGGACAUCCUCUGCAUUGGGGGCGAGCGGAUCCCGAUCAACUCGAGAAUCGUCGCCCGGAGAUGGGGCCCCUACUUUGUCCAGCUCUUACGGGAGGGUACAGCAACACAAGACGGCAGCGACGCGGCGACGCUCCGGUCCAACUCCAUUUCGGCUCCCAGCAGCUCGAUCAGGAGCUCCAACCUCACCAUCACUCCGAGCAACAUGAGCGGGAGCACAUUGUACUCCACCGGCGGCUCAAGCGGCAGCAAGGCCGGAAGCACCAACACGCUAGCUGCCACACCCGUCGACCCCGCCGCAAUCAACACAGCUCCUACACCACGCACCCUCCCCCCGAACAGCCGACCGCGCUGCUUAUACCUCCCACACACCUACCUCACCAUCCAAGCCCUCCUCCACUUCAUCUACACCUCCAGCCUCCCCUCUCCAUCCUCCCCCCUCUGCACCCCCCAAAUCCUCUGCAGUCUCCUCCAAAUCGCCCGCCCCUACCGCAUCGACGGCCUCCUCGAAGCCGUCAUCGAACGUCUCCACGGUCUUCUCGACAGCCGUAACGCGGCCGCCGUGUUCAACGCCACUGCCAUGGCAGCCGGAGGCGGCCGCGGCAUCGACGGCACCCUCAACCCCAACUUCUUCCCCUACACCGCCGGCCUGGGACUGGACGGCCUGGCCGGCGGCGGCGGUAGCAGCAACGGCGGCAACGCCUCCUCCCCACCCUCCGAAGCAGGCGGUAGCAGCAGUACCAGUUCCCGCGGUCUCAAAAUAACCACCUCCGUCCCCGGCGCACCGCCAAGCAGCGACGAGCUAAGCGCCACGGCCAGCGUCAGCGGGAGCGAGUGGAGCGCGUCAGAAGUGGGUGAUAGCGAGCGGGGCGGUAGUGGACGGGAGAUAUGGGGUGGGGAUUUGAGUAGUGUUAUUGGAUUGCAGAAGAGGGGGUUGAGGGGGUUGAUGGAGGGGAGGAGGAUGAGGGAGAGGACGGGGACGGCAGGUGCUGUCGGUGGUGGUGGGCCUGGGCUUGGGACGGCGCAGACUGGGGCAGUUGGUGGUGGUGGUGGUGCUGGGCAGUAUGGACAGGGGAGGGUUGGGUUGGGGAUUGCGGGGCCUUGA